ACUGAUACAUUUGUAAACUUCCUGUCAAACUGAAAGUAGGCAGGGCGCGAAGGAAGAACAGAACGGGAAACAUAGAACUUGGAGACCAUACACAAAGUAGAUAUAUUUAUUGGAGUAUCAAAAGAAAAUGGAAGUUAGAUGAUACCUGUGAAUACAAUGGAGAUGCUAAUGGAAUUUCCCAGUCUUAUUGUGCAAGACUUGAACAACUUCCAUUAUGAUGGCUAUAUCAGUAUAUGUAAACAGAUGUAUAGAUUUGAGAUUAAGGUUCCAGCAUCAAGGAGACUGUCUGAGGCCUCGGUUAACUGUGACUGGCGGCUACAUAAGCUCAUAAAGGACUUCAAGACAGUCAUCGCUCAGAGGCUGAGACAGUGUGAGAAUAUUGUUUCCUUCGUCAAAGAACUGCAGAUGAUUGCUGAGCGGCAGUUAGAAGAUGAAAACAAAGAUACCCCAGAAUCCUCAAAGUUCUGUCAACAGUUGAUCAGCCAUAUUGAAUCCCUUGGCUGGGAAAGGCUAGUGUUUAUUGACCAGUCAUUCACAGAGCUUCAUGUGCAGUAUAUGGACAGUGGAAACAGGGAACACAUCAUGAAACUGUUCAUUGGAAAUCAGUAUCCAGCAGAUACACCAAAAUGUUCUGUAGAAUUGCCUACCAAGUUUGAUUUACAUUGGACUACACAGAGUGAGUUAAGAGAUGCUUACAAACAGUUCACAGCUGCUGUAGAUUCAUACAAGGAAUUCUGGGAUGUUAUGUCGGAAAUAGACACAAAUACAUGGGUCCUAGAGCCAGAGAAACCAACAUAUAGUGCGCGGCAUAGACGAAUAGCUAUAAGUGCCAGUGUGUCUGUACAGCUCACGGUUGAUCCGACACAUCCUAGGGCUCUUCCAGAAUGCAAAUUUCUGGGGUCAGAUCAAGCAAUUGCACCUGUCAGAAGAAGUAUGAAUACUAACAUUCACCUCUGGGAUGAGAGGAAAGGUCUGCUGGAAAAUUUACAAACCCUCCUAGACGUGAAAUUUCCUUCUCCCACAAACUCAAGGAAGGAGGAGUUUAGUGUUGAGUGUGGUAUAUGUUAUGCUUAUCGAAUGGAGUCGGAGAUUCCAGAUGAAGUGUGCAAUGAUACAAGAUGUGGACAAGCUUUUCACAAAACCUGUGUUAUAGAGUGGUUGCGAGCAUUGCCUUCAAGCAGACAGAGUUUCAAUACCAUAUUUGGUAACUGCCCCUACUGUGAAAAGGCUAUGACAGUUAAGAUGAUAGUAAAGUGAAAGUUAUCCCUGUUGUGAUAGAUAGAGAAAUCAAUGUGAAGUUAAAGUUUGUAAUCAAAAUGCGGGAGAAUUGGAGACAAACAACUUUGUUUAUUAACUCCCUGGUUAACUUGGAAAAUAUAAACACUUACCUAAACUGGAAAUAGGGAAGAUAUUACAGUCUUAUAUUGACAAGACAUUCAUUUUGACAUAUAUUUUGUAGGUAUUAGAAAAAGGAAAAUUGCUCCAUAAAGUUAGAGAAAAAACAAUUAUUGUUCAAAAGAGAUGUGAUUUUCAAGUUUUGACAUUAAAAUUUUAUGCUUAUUUAAUUGAGGCUGUGUAUCAGCUGUUUCAUGAAGUGAAUAAACAACUGAAAUUACUUUUCAAGCAGAUAGUAGAAAGGUAUACGUAGAUGGUUGCUUGUUUCAAGGUGAAGAAGACAACCUCACUUCUCACACAGGGGAAAGGGGACAACUGUUUGAUGUAUAAUUACCUAAGUUAUGACAGAAGAGAUUAUGCUCACCAAUGUUUCAAGUUCUUGUGUGCAACCAAUGAAAAAAAAAUGUUAUGCAGAGAAGGAAAUUAUUUAUUUCCAGGAAAUGAAAGAACAACUUUUGGUCCAAGGGAAACAUUCCUUUCAAAUAACUUUAAAUUUUACAAGAGAAGUAAUUAUUUUAAAAUGAUCUAAUUCUUAAUCUUUUGCUAGUUCAUCACUACACCUAUAUAUAGAAACACUGGUACAUUGGACAAAGUUUAAGAAGGCUAGCAAAAAGUAAGGCCAGGAGCUCAACUCGUCAAUGUUUAAAGCCUGAAAAUUAGACUCUGGCAAAUAUUCAAGUUGCUAUUAUGUUACUUGUUGCAGUUAUAAAGAAAAUAAAUGAAAUUUCUCAGAGCGGUCUGUAGCUUCAAAAUUCGAAUUUAUUCUAAGUUUCAUAAGUGUGCUAAUUUAAUAAUGACAAAGCAAAAGUUUAAGAAUCAGAUGUAAAGAAAAAAAUACAUUCAUGAGUAAUGGUCCAUAAAAUGGAUGAAAACUGAUCCAUUGUAGUAGCCUCAAUGAUGGAACUUUAUUUAUUUUGUAUGAAUAUAAUUGAGUCCCACCAUGAGAAAACCAACAUAGUACAUUUGCGACAAGCAUGGAUCCAGACCAGCCCGCGCAUCCGCGCAUCUGGAUCCAUGCUAUUCACUAACACAUUCUCUAAUUGCAAUAGGCUUUGGAAGCGACCAGCAUGGAUCCUGACCAGACUCCGCAGAUGCACAGGCUGGUCUGGAUCCAUGCUGGUCGCAAACGCACUAUGUUGGUUUUCUCAUGGCGCGGAUCAUAUCAGAUAUCUUGCAUCUACAUUAUGAGUUGACAUAUUUGCAACUGUUAUGCAGGUUUCAUUAAGAAACAUCUGGAAAACAACUUGUUGAUUCAGUAUACUCAAAUUGUAGAUAAAGUUAGAUAAGUAAAGUUCAAUAGUUCUUGAUGGAGGUUAAGUAUAAACCAAACUUCCCUCAAAAGACAAGGCAUAUCAUAGCAUCUUCUUCUUUGGUAAUUCUGUAUCUAUUGAACAUUAAAAAAAAAGUGAUCUGAGGAAAUAUUUUUGUCAUAAGAAUAUUUUGGCCAAAGAGAUAAAAAGAAAAGGUGUUCUCUAUAAGUAUAGCUUCCUGAGUAUUUGUCCUUUGAAAUGUGUUGAUCUAAACGAAUAGAUAAAAAUACUUUAAGGAAA